UUCACAGUCGCCAUAGUUUUGGUUUAAUUUUCACAAGACAAGUGAAAUUUUUUGCACAGUUGUACGUGAAGCGUCUUUCUAUUUAAUAAUUAAAAAUAAUAAAUAAUCACUAAAGGUGCGAAGCAAUAAAUAUAUUAAUAACCUACAGUUAAUUAUUCUUCACAAAUUACAAAAAUGAGGCGUAAAAGUGAAAGAAAUAAAUCAAAAUCGUCGCCAGAAAAAAAAGUGGAGAAACCGACACGAAAAUCUACACGGAGACGUGCCAAAAGAUCACCAUCGUCGUCCCCAGAGCGCGAAAACAGCAACGACGUAGAUACAUUGACGAGCAGUGAUAAGGAACCAACAAUGGCUUACAAAACGCGGCUACAUGCCAGCGCAAAAGACCGCGAUAACGUAGAGAACGUUGUCGAAGAACCGGAGAAAGUAUCCUCAACGGACACAUCAGUGGUAGCCAAGCAGCAGCAGCAGGUCGAUGAAGAGAUUGAAGACGGCGGGUCUGUCUGGAAAGCAGCUCGUGCUGACGCGUCCCCCGGUGAGAUACCAAAGCUUAAAUUAUGCAGACAGAGAAACUUGUCCGAGACCUCGGACGUGUCGUUAAGCAGGAAAAGAUCGAGCAAGUGGCAGGAGAGCGGCAGUGAGGGUAUUGCUGAGGAGGCUGAUUCGGCUGAUGAAAAGCCAGCAACGUCGUCGUCGUCCUCUUCUCACAAGACGAUGACAACGACAACGCUUGGUGGCGAUGAACCAGCUGAUGAUCCCUCGUCAACGAUUCCUGCUCGGGACUCCGGCGAAGAGGUAAGUGAUUGCAAGGAGUUCCCGUCUGAAAAUGCUUCGACCGAAUUGUCUGACGAUAAACAAAACAUAGAUAGACCACCGCUUGGUGACACGGUUCACGAUCAGACCAAUGAUGAGUCUACGAAUACCAGUUGUAUCAAUAACGAUACCAUUGUCAGUGAGGCCAGUAUUCCUGCUGAUGACACUACAACGGAUCAUUCCAAGACUGAUUGUUGCGUCGAGACAACAACUACUGAGGAAGUUAUUCAAUCUCAAGAAGAAAAAGUUCCUGAGGAGAAUCAAGAUGUAGCUCCAAAUCCGGAAAAUCCAGAAGUUGAGGUUAAAGUUGAAGAAGCCGAGGUUAAAAUUGAAGAAGCCGAGGCUAAAGUAGAAGAAGCCGAGAUUAAAGUAGAAGCAUGUACAGAAGUUGAAAAGUUGUCUACAGACAAAGAAUUAGAUGAGGAAAAAGUAACAGAGAGUGAAGAAACUAUUACAGAGGUUGAAAAACCUGUUGAAGAAAUUAAACCAGUUGAAGAAAUUGAUGUUAAAAAAGAAAAUGAAAAAAUUGUUACUGAAGAAGAGGUAGAAAGUAAAGAAGUUGAUAAUGAUAAAAAAGAAUCUGGAGAGGAGAAGGAGAAGGAGAAGGAAAAGGAAGAGGAUAAGGAAAAAAAUGAGUUGGUAAAGGAAGAAGCUCGGAAAGAUACCAGCAGUGAAGAUGAGCGAGAGAAGAAAAAAGAUAGGUCCAGGUCAACGUCUAAUGACGAGGAGUCGAAAGAAAAUGUCAAGAGGAUGCGAAGAACUACUCGUAGGAAGCAUCGCGACAAGUACCGGGACUCGUCGAACUCUGACACAGCGGAAUCUGACGAUGAAGGUGUGAGGAAGAGUGAUAAGGAAGAGGAGGGACUUAAAUUAGAAGCUACUCCGGAGAAGUCGCCGUUUGCUCAAGAAGCGACUGAGGCUACGGAUCGUUCUUCCGAGACUGAGAUCGUUUUGACUCAUCAAAAUGACAGCAUUGCUGAAAUGGAUAUUGAUGAGGUACAGAAUGAUGCUAAUGAGCCUAACACUCCUCCACCAGAGAAGUCUCAAGUCAGCGCAGCGCCGGCUUCUGUAAAACCGAACAAAGUUAAUUUAAAACGAUCAUUUACCCGCGUUGUGGGAGAGAAAACAGAGAAAAAAGAAGUUGAUAAAAAUGAUGCCAGUCAUAAUAAGGAAAAUCACGUUAGCGGUGAUCAAGUGGAGGGAUCUAUCAUUCCAAAAAGACGUCGCUGGGGUACACUAAGUACUGAUACACCACCUACUCUUUCAAUAUCCACAGAUUCUCUUAAGGCUUUAGUACCUGGAGCGAAACCACUGCCUAUGAGUGAAGUACGUUUGUCCAAAGAUGACGAUGAGGAACGUGACCGCCGUAAGGAGAAGGAAAAGCGUCAUAGCGCGAACGAGGGGCCUGUGGAGAAGAAGAAGGACGAUGCAGAGACAACAAAAGUUGAACCCGCUAAAUCUGAUAAUCACAUAGCUGCUAGACGAAAAAUUUCAAUUGUCAAGGAUUUACCAACAAAAUCACCUAGUCCAUUACCCGCACAGCCGACUAAUGUAUUAUUGAUUAAAAAUUUAGUAAGACCAUUUACAUUGAACCAAAUAAGAGAAUUGUUGUCACGUACCGGAACUAUAGUUGAAAAUGGUUUUUGGAUGGAUAGAAUUAAAUCUAAAUGUUUUGUAGAGUAUUCAAAUGAAGAUCAAGCAUUUGAGACCAGACAAGCACUUCACGGAAUUUCCUGGCCUCUUUCAAACCCUAAAAAGCUCCAAGUAGAGUACGCGACAAAAGAAGACAUGGAACAGGCGCGAGAAUCAUCAAAAGAUCAAGUUCCGCCGCGUAAAACAGAAGCGAUGACCGCGGCAGACGCUUGGCAACCAGAAUGGGGUCGCGAGGAAAAAACCAAUUCCGCGGCUAAGGUAACAGUAGUGCGAGAAUGGGACUUAGGUAAGGAGGAUGGACAUCAUCUGAUGAAGGAAAAGGACCGUGAAAAGAAGGAAAUUGAGAAGAAAAGACGACAGAGGAGUCACAGUCCAGCAGCUAAUCAACACUUACCCGCCCCAGCGAGGAAGUUUAAGAAAAAAGAAGACGACCCGCCUCCAGCGAAAUUGCUCGAUGAUCUUUUUAGGAAGACUAAGGCUACACCGUGCAUAUAUUGGCUACCGCUCACUAAUGAGCAGAUUGUUGUGAAAGAAGAAAUGCGACGGCAACACAUGGCUGAGCACGCGCGUAGAUUGGAAGAGAUGAGACGCGCUGAGAGAAAUCGCGAUAGUCGCCGUCGACGUAGCCCAAGAAAAUAAAUAUACCCUUCCUUAUCUUACUCUUUCCUAUUUUCUCUUUCACUCAAUUAAUCUGUCUAUUUUUACUAUUAUUAUUUUUCAUCGACAUCUUGCUAAUUUAUCUAUAAUAUCUAAUAUAUAAUCAGUAAUCAAUAAUUAUCAGUACGCGCUUAAAAAAUUAAUAAAUAAAAGCUUAUUUUUUUUUUUUAAAUUAAUAUUUUUUAAUUAACGCGGUCUAAAAGCAUCCUUGCCUUACUUGUUUAAAAAUACCCGUUUUAAUUAACUGCUUUCAUUGAAAAUUAAUUACCCGUGCAAUAAUCAAAUUUACUUUUCCAGUUAAUUAUUUCCUCCUUAUGGAUACUUAAAAAAUUAAAUAAUUACAACAGUCGGGUACUGGUCGUUGAAAUAGUGGGAGUUGCAAGCACAUGUCUGCAUGCGGUUUAACACACCAUCCUGAACGUCCCUGAACUAAUAUCCUGUCCUGAGUUUCUUUAGCAUUAAAUCGUGAUUCUUACAGGUCCACAAACGUUCACUGAACUCACAUCGGGCCGGUAGUUAAGUGAUUGAUUGAUUCAUUCAUUCAAAUGUUUGCGAUUAUUCGCAAUAAGGAUUGCAGAUAUUGAUUUUGGCGAUUCUCGUCAUGAAGUCAGGACACAACGUGGGACUUUUUAAUAAUGACAAUGUUGAUGAAUAUAUUUAGCACGUAGCAUCAUUGUUUUGUGCUAUAAAUAAUGAUUAAAUUAACAAUUACAAAUAGCAAUUAAGCUAGAUAAUUAUACUGAGUUUUAUAAAAUCAAAUCAAAGUUUUCUUUGAUGAUGUCAUUAUAAAUAUAAAUAUAUAAUUAUUUAAGCUGAUAAAUAUUAAGUAAAACUCAAGGUUUAUACAAUUUUUAAUCAGCAGGAAUUUAUAACUGGCAAUAACUUAAAAAAAAAAAAUAGUAGUAAUAUAAAAUAAAAUAUAAAAGAAGUCAACAAUUAUUUUAUUUACGACUUCAAUGGAUUAAUUUAAUUGUUUUUGUUUCUUAACAUUGGACAGCGAAUAAAAUUCUGAAUUUAUAAAUAUUAUUGCUCGUAGUGGUAAAUAAACAAUAAGUUAGUUUGUAUCAAGUGUAAAUUAAUAUCAUUGUUUUUUCACUAUUUUAUCGUUGAAUUAAUUUUUGUUACACUAAAUCUUAUAUUAUUUGAAAAUAAUAAUAAAAUUCUCGUUAAUAAUUAAGUGGUACAUAACCUGCUGUACAUAACUGUCCGAUGUACUGAAAAAUGUGUAGAAUUAUCUAUCAAUGAAUAAACAAAAAAAAAAUUAAAUUUA